GUCAGGCUUGUUUUAAACUGUACGCGGGUGAUUAUCAUAAAUGAAGAUGGAUGUUUUAGAGAACUUUCUCACUGGGCAUGAAGAUGAUCUUCUUUCCUUCACUAGUUCAGAACUCGAGAAAUGUGUACGUUUGUUGUCUGAUAAAGUACAAGCAGAAAAAGACCAUCUUGAACAAGUGAAAUCUGAGGUGCUCAAUCUGCAGAGAGAGGCAACAGAAAGAAGUUCAGAACGAGAGAAGUUUGUUUCAUUAUUGACUGAAACUGGGGAUCUGGAUUCCGUACUCUCCGAGGAAGCCAAGACAUGGGAAGAGCUGCAUGCUGCAUCACUAGAACUGGAAAGAAUGACAAACCUUCCUGAGUCUAGUGAAGCUGACAUUACAAUGGGGAAGCCAGACUUGAUUCCCUCUACUCAUCAGAAAGAAAAACAACUCUUAAGUGAAAGAGAGAAACUAUGGGAAAUUUUGCAAAAAACACAGGCAGCCCUUGCAAAGGCUCAAAUGGAAAAAGAAAGAGUGGAUGAUGAGUUGCUAGCGCUGCAAAAACAGUCAUCUGGACUUGCAUCUUCAAGAUCCCAAACCCAGAAUGAGACAGACAGGCUACUGGAGGCUUGUAUUAAAGACAUGGGACUGUUGCGUGUUCUACCAGAUCUAAAGCCGAAAAUAAAAUAGUUAUAUCUGGAAUAUGCUGCUUAUAAAGAAAUGGAACCAGUUUUGUAAAUGGACACAUUUCAAACAAAAACAUACCCCUACCAGAAAGUUUUAAUAAAAGAAAUGUGCAAUACA